AUGGCUGCCCCACCGUCUAUUGCCGGUCCGCCGCCAGCUGAAUCUGCCGAGUUUGCCUCUGAAAGUCCAGUUAGCGUCACGCCUAGCGAUUCCGCUGUGGACGUACUCAGUCGAUCGAUAGAUGCGAAGACUGGUGAUGUGACCACUGAGAGACUAAUCGGUGUUGAGCAAGCGGCGCCACUUUGGGCGAUCAAGCUCUUCAACUGCAGUUCAACGGCAUUCGUGAUAGAGAGGCUAACGGUGUCACCUCAACUACAACGAACAACGGCUAGAUCGGUUAAUCUCUCGCUUAGUGACUAUCUGAAGUGCGAUGAGACUAUCACAUAUACUCCUCAUCCAUCAAAUCCCGCACUCGCAACGCUCUUCUCCCAGACAGCUCAAUUUACUUCAGCUGGCACACUGGGGUGGAAAAUGGCAGAGAAGAAGCUUGAAGAGCAUAGUGUGAGGCGGUUUAGUGAGAAUGCAGGACGAGGGCGUGAAGGAUUCGAGUUUAUACUUAGAAAUUACAACAAGAUAUAG